AUGGCUGCCAUGCCGCUGCCGGGGCCUGCCCGCAUUCCCAGGUGGAUCUCUGCCCACCACUCCCUGGAGAAGGCCUUACAAGGCCUGGCGAAGCUGCAGCAGCUGGCGAGGCAGCCUCGGCUGCGGCUCCGAAACAGCCCUCCGUACCUGCCCCACAUUUUGUCCCAGACGCACCAGCACCUGCGACUCGUGCGGGAGCAGUCCUGGGCUUCUGGGGCCAAGCUCUGGGAAGAGGGAGGCUACUUCCUCGUCUACCUCAGCAACCUGCUGGAGAAGAUUAAGCAAGCCACCCGGCUUUUCAAGAGGGACAAGGAGGAGAUCUUCCAAGAAGGUUCACCUUCCAGGCGGAAUCUGACCAAGCUUUCCUUGAUCUUCAGUCAUAUGUUAGCCGAACUGCAAGCGCUGCUCCCUGAAGGGAGAGACGAGGGCAGCGCUUACAAGCUCAGCAAGCCCGAAGCGCAAGCGUUUUGGAGGGAGACGUGGGGCAACAGGAGCCUGGUAUCCUGGUCCGAAUUCCGAGAAGGACUCCAUCGGGUGCAUCCCAUGGACCCUGGCCCGAUGGCUAUCGCCUUACGGUCCACCAUAGACCUCACAUGCAGUGGACAUAUCUCCAUAUUUGAAUUCGAUAUUUUCACUCGCCUCUUCCAGCCGUGGCCAACACUAUUGAAGAACUGGACGUACCUCGCCGUGACGCACCCCGGCUAUAUGGCCUUUCUCACCUACGACGAAGUGAAGGAACGAUUGCAGGCGUACGCCCCCAAGCCCGGCAGCUACAUUUUCCGACUUAGCUGCACCCGGCUGGGCCAGUGGGCCAUCGGCUACGUGACGGAGAACGGGAGCAUCCUGCAGACCAUCCCUCAAAACAAGCCCCUCUUCCAGGCGCUGAUCGACGGGCACAGAGAAGGCUUCUACCUGUAUCCAGACGGGAAGAAUGUCAAUCCGGACCUGACUGCAUUAAUGAGGGGCACAUCGCAAAGCAGAAUCCAAGUUUCUCAGGAACAGUUUGAGCUCUACUGCCAGGUGGGCUCGACAUUCCAGCUCUGCAAAAUCUGUGCUGAAAACGACAAAGACGUCCGGAUCAAACCUUGCGGGCAUCUGCUCUGCCGAGGCUGCCUCGAUACCUGGCAGCUUUCCGAAACUCACACGUGCCCGUUCUGCCGCCGUAAGAUCUGGGGCCACGAAGACGUCCUCAUCGACCCCUUCAGCUACAAGGAAGAGAAGUCCGGGCUGGAGGAAGAGGAUGACGAGGAAGAUCUGGAAGAUGUGGAGUCUGUGCUACAGCAACUGGCGCUCAUGCGCAAGGGGAUCGGGAUCCAGAAUCCCAGCUCCUCUCCAUGUCAGAACCCUGAGCUAAAAUUACCUCCGGUGCCCCCUCGAAGAUGUCCUCAACUGAAUAAGGCCCCCCUACCCAAUGAAGACUAUGAAGGCCGGAGCGAGGGGAAACUGUGCCCGGGGCACGUGGGCACCCCUGCGACCCUGCCACGCCCACGCCUGCCCUGGAACGCCCCCGCACCACCCCUGCAUCACCGCGCGCCCGGGGCACUGCGCACCCCUUGUACCACUUGGUGCUACGCCACUGCUCAAACCUUCAAAUCCUCCCAGGCUCGGCCCCCAAAUCUCUAG